AUGGAGGCUGAGACGAUUCAGACGACGAGAACUCUCCCGGGUGAAAACAAGAACAACAAGAACGACGAUUCGGAUGCGCCUCGGAGUGGUGGUGGUGAGAGUGAGUUUCAACAACAAGAGCAACAACAACAACAACAACCGCCAGAAUCGGCCACGAACGUCGCUCGAGCGUACAUUCCUUCCAUCGCACCGUCGGUACCCAAGGGAACGGCGACUAUUCUUUUAGUUUUCACCACUUGGGUGAUGCUCUAUUGCGUCCUCGGGGACGUUUUGUUACCGAACGUGAACCAAAAUAACGUCGUCGUCAUCCCGGGCGGCGCGGUGUUCUCUUUGAUAUUCAUAUGGGCUGCCGCGCACGUUGGCGCGACGUUGGCGAAGCUCAUCAAUGUCCCACCGUUGCUCGGGAUGUUGUUGAGCGGUUUGUGCUUGCGUAACGUCCCGGGAGGGUUGGUAGAGGCGUUGCCGAAAGAGUGGAGUUCGGCGACGAGAGCGGCUGGGUUGUCCGUGAUUUUAAUGCGGUCGGGUUUGGAGUUGGAUUUAGUAGCUUUUAAGAGGGUUGGCUUAGCCGCGGCGAGGUUGACGGUGAUGCCCGGGUUGAGCGAGGCGAUCGUGACGGGGUUCGUCGCGACGGCGUUGUUUAAUUUGAGCGUGCCGCUUGGGUUAUCUCUGGGGUUUAUUUUAGCCGCGGUAUCGCCAGCGGUCGUCGUCGGGGGCAUGUUUGAUUUACAAGCCAGAGGGUACGGGGUCGCGAAAGGUAUUCCGAGCCUAGUCGUCGCCGCGGCGUCAUUCGAUGACGUCGUCGCGAUUACCGGGUACACGAUUAUGAAGUCCUUCGCCAUUCAAUCGAACGACCACAACAAUUUAGGGUGGACGAUUAUGCACGGACCAACGGACGUGGCGUUAGGGAUUAUUGUCGGGUCGUUCGCUGGAUACGUCAUUUUAGGCGCGACGGCGAUAUGGAAUAAGCCGUGGAAGCGAUCGUUGUUGACGUUUGAACUCGGGAUGGCGAUGAUGUUUCUCGGGAGAAAGUACGAUUUUAGCGGCGGAGGCGCGAUGGCGUCGUUAGCGAUGGGGAUCACCGCGAAUAAAGCGUGGACGACUGGCAGAUGUCCAAUUCCUACGUUUGCUUUACCGAUUCCAAUUAAUCCAUUUAAGCGAGACCGGUUCUCGUUGGGGCCGAGACCGGAAUUGGCGCAUUCCGUGGAGGUGGAUUUAUCUCGAGCUUGGAGAACGUUGUUCCAACCGUUGCUGUUUGGAGUCAUCGGAAGCGCGGUAAAGUUUGCAGAUUUAACCGCGUCGACUAUACCAAAAUCCGUGUUACUUUUAUUCAUCGGUUUGUGCGUACGCUUACCGGUCGCGUAUCUAGCCGUCGGUGGCGGGGAUUUGAAUUUGAAAGAGAGAGCGUUUGUCGCGUUGUCGUGGUUGCCGAAAGCGACGGUGCAAGCGGCGUUAGCGAGCGACCCGUUGGAGAGCAUUUUGAAAAGUAAAAGUGGAGAAGAGAAUUACGACGAGUGGGUGAAAUGGGGCAACGAUAUCUUAACGACCGCGGUAUUUUCAAUCAUAUUAACCGCCCCGGUUGGCAUGUUGAUCAUUUCGAAUCUAGGUCCGAAAUGGUUAAAUUUAGAUACGAACAAGCAACAAUUUACGGAUGUCGCGCCGGGGUCGUCCAUGAGCGAAGACAAGAAAGGCGAUGGAAAAGACGAAGAUGAUGGAAGAAGAGAGUUGAUGCGAGAUGGCGAUGGGAACAUCAUGACGCCCUCUUCGGUGAAUGGUAAACGAGGAGGAUCUAUAGAUGAUUCGCCGUCGGGUCGAAGGAACUCCUUCGCCGGAGAAGUCGUUUCGAAAAUCGCGAGCAUGGUUUCCUCGAGAAAUCCAUCGGCGAGGCACACGCCGUUCGAACAAUCAGACGACGAUAACGAUAACGACGAUAAUAACGAUAAUAACGACAAUAACGACAAUAACGAAGAUGUAGACGGUUGGGGUGAGUACGAGAUUAGAGUUGGAGAUAUGAGCCCCCCUGGCGAAAAGCAAGGCAAGAAGAAGAAGAAGAGAGUGGUGUUGCCGAGGACAACCUCCGCGGUAUUUAAGAAACACAUGUCCAUCAUCGGCAACAUGGAAGACAGCAUACAAGACGAACACCAGAGAAGAGAGUUCGCGAUCGCGAAGAUGGGCGUCGAGGCGAUUUUGAAAGAGCACAUGCCGAGAGAUUCGGAAAUUGAAACCGCCGGGGCGUUUUUUAGAAAAACUUCCGUCGCGGAAGGUAAGAUGGAUUUAGCGGAGCUAGAAGAGCUCGGGGUGGACACGUCAGAGAUGGUAGAGAAUCUCGCUCCGACGACUAAUGGCGGUGGCGAUGUUGCAAGCGGAGAUACCCCGACUCGUCCGAGCGACUACGAUACUCGGAAAAGUCCAAGCGGACGGAGAUCUCCACCGCCUUUACAACAGGUCAAAGAAGAGAAUGAUCCGAGCAAUAACGUAUAG